AACAAUCAUGGAUACACUCUCUCUUACACACUCAGCAAACUGCCCUCUCAUUCAUCAAAGGUGAUGGGUAGUACCGAGAACUACCACAAGCCUCCACGCAACCUCCCGGUGAACAAUGAGUCUGAUUUCAUGAACAGAGAUGUCGGUCUCCAGACAAGAAUGAAGAACCCUUUUCUCUACAAGGCUUUUAAUUCUGCUUCAUCUGAUCGAAAUUUCAGUCAGCCCAUUAGGCAGGAAAAUGCAGCCAAAGAAAGGCCGUUGGGUCCAGUUGUGUCCCAGCCCCAUGUUGUAAGAGGCGACCGUCAGUGCCAAGAAAACGAUGCCACACUAGGAGCAGGUCAAACUCUGGAAAGGAGAUGCUGAUUUCAACUGAAGGGGCUGAUGGGAAGUACAGGGUGACCAUGGUGUCCCACUACUCCCCAGAGCACCCACUUUCUGAGCCUGAUAUGCCUGUGCCCUCGAAGUCAGACAGGCAUGGUAGUGGACAGAGAGCCAGAUCAGCUCUUAAAAUGAAGCAGAGUCGAUCCAUGCACAACUAUCCUCAACACAGGCUCGAGUCCAUAGCACUGCCACGCAACCCGACCCUACAUAAGGAAUACAGCUGCCCUGACUUCAAACAUACCGGGUCCAGCGAUAGUUUCGGUGUUGCAAACCGCAACCAGGACAGGCUGAUGUAUAAGACUCUCAGCAGCUCUAAAGAAGACUACCAGUACAUUCGUGCAAUAAGCAGGGAACCUCAGAGGUCUAAGAGAUCACAUAGUGUUAAAACACACCAUCCAUCUGGUCAAGCGAAAAUCGGGACUCUGGAGCGGGACCACAGACCGUCGUUCUCUUCCCAAAGUAGGACAAGAACUCACAGUAUGUUUGUGCCAUCUCGCUCGGACUAUUCCGAAAGCUAUGUAUCCAUGCGUCCGAAAGCCCCUAAGACCAGCCGAGCUAGUUCGGGUGUUUUCCCAAACUACGGCUGCAUGCCGCUUCACAGUAACAGACUGUAUUCCACAGCUGUGGGCCACACAGGUUUUCAUCAGACACAGCUCAGACCCGAGAUGCAGAUUUAUGCUGAAUGACAUAUUUUUAAUAAAUAAAUAAAUAAAUACCUAAAAUAAAUUAACCAGAAAUAUAUGACCUCUGCAGGGCAGUGGUUUUCUAUUGUUAAUCAGAUAAGAAUAAUAUUUAAAAAGAUUAAAAUACUCUAAUUGUUCACUGAAGGGUGUCACUGUAUGCACUGCAUACUCUAUAUAUUACAGUAAAUUUGGAAAUUCACUCAAAGAAUAUGGUAAUGGGUUAUUAUGGCUACUCUGAUUUGUUUAAGUGUGUUGUGUCAUUUUGUUACUAGAGGUCAGAGGUUGCAAAAAGUACUCAAAAUAUGAUGUGAGAAAAAUUAACAAAGGCUUUUAAAAUUUGUCAUAGGUGCAAUAUAUAGGAACCACUGCCUUGUGUUUUUGAGUGACGUUUUUUGCCAUAUUACCAUGACUGUGGAAUUAAACAGUUAUAUGUCAAUGACAUCAGCAUAUAUGGCCUGACUUUUAAAGAGAACAACUAUAUAAGGUCAUAAUUUCCACAACCGCCCCUCCCCUCAGUCCCCCAGGCUCCCAGAAGUUUUUCCCUCUGCAUUUAUAAAUCAUGCACUUUACAGUUGGUCUGUGUUUUAUGUAACAACAGGCACUUUAGACAUGAUGUUUUCUUUCUUUUUUUUCUUUUUUUAUCACGUUAACUGAGUCAAAGAUGUGGGCGAGCUUUCAUCUAAACCGUUCGAGCAGUAGUAAUCAUUACAUGGUUACAUAUGGAAUAUAUGCUGAUCAACUGCUGUUUUAGUUUUUAACAAGCGUACUGUUCUCUAAUUUAGUUGAUUUUAUUCUAUUUUUAUGUUUACUUUGCUUCACUCUCAUUAAAGUUAUUUAUUCAAAAUCA